ACAAGAUCUCCGUUGUCUUGGCACGCAUUGGGGAAAUACGACUGGUUCUGCUGCAGGUGGAAAUGCUGGGCUCAACGCCCGUCUCGUUUCAGGGCUUGGGCUGAAACCGAAUACACAGCUUUCUCACAAGACUCUGGGUCCCCUUGCCCCUGCUCUGGGGGCAAGGGGAAACUCUUGAAAGCGGGGAGCAUCCUCCCCAUCUGAAAGGGCCCUUGAUUGGGUGGAAGCCAAGCUAUAGGCUUUUUUCUUUCUUUUCUCCUGGAGAUUGUUCUGCAACGACAGACAAUGCCGUGAACAUUAGCAGUGCUUCCCGCUCACCAGCCCUUCAAACCGCACCUCAGGGAAUUUAAUAGAGAGGGCAGCGGCCACCAGGGGACUUGCCAUGGCUGGGAGUGGAUAUACAGACCUAAGAGAAAAGCUCAAAUCGAUGAUGCCUUACCGGGACAGCUACAAGAGCAGCAGCAGCGGCGGCAGGCGGGAUCCUGCAGAAUCCCCCUACGGGGCUGGGGGGGCAGCUGCCGAGCGCAAGCGCAAGCACCAUGACGACUCCGACUCCGAGCCCACCGACUCUGAAGAGCCCCAGAGGGAGGAGGAAGAGGAGGAAGAGGCCCAGAAAGUCAAAAGCGGCAUCAGGCAGUUGCGCCUGUUCAGCCCUGAGGAAUGUGUCAAGAUUGAAGCGCGUAUCGACGAAGUGGUCUCCAGGGCUGAGAAGGGCCUCUAUAAAGAUCACACAGUGGAUAGGGCCCCGCUCCGGAAUAAAUACUUCUUUGGGGAGGGUUACACGUACGGGUCUCAGCUGCAGAGGCGAGGCCCUGGCCAGGAGCGGCUGUACCCGCGCGGGGAAGUGGAUACCAUUCCUGAGUGGGUUCACGACCUUGUCAUUCGCAAGCUGGUGGAACACCGGGUCAUCCCUGAGGGCUUUGUGAACAGUGCGGUGAUCAAUGACUACCAGCCUGGAGGCUGCAUAGUCUCCCACGUGGACCCCAUCCACAUCUUUGAGAGGCCAAUUGUGUCUGUGUCGUUCUUCAGUGACUCAGCACUCUGCUUUGGCUGCAAGUUCCAGUUCAAGCCAAUCAGGGUCUCUGAGCCAGUCUUCUUCCUGCCUGUGAGAAGGGGGAGUGUCACUGUACUCAGUGGCUACGCAGCUGACGAAAUUACGCACUGCAUUCGACCACAGGAUAUCAAGGAGAGGAGAGCAGUGAUCAUCCUUCGGAAAACCAGACUAGAUGCUCCCCGGCUGGAGACACGAUCCCUGAGUAGCUCUGUGUUGGUACCUGGCUACGCUUCGGACCGUCUGUCGGGGAGCAAUAGGGACCCCAUCCUGAAGCCAAAGAGGUCCCACCGCAAAGCAGACCCUGAUGCAGCUCAUCGACCUCGAAUUUUAGAAAUGGAUAAAGAGGAGAACAGGCGCUCAGUCCUCUUGCCGAAACACCGGAGGCGGAGUCAUUUCAGCUCUGAGAACUAUUGGCGAAAGUCUUACGAGUACACAGAAGACUUUGAUGAAGAGGAGGAGGAGGACGGGAGUCCAGCACGGAAAGUGAAAAUGAGGCGGCAUUGAGGAAUUCUUUUACACCCCCCCUCCUUCCCCAGUCUUAGAGGUGAUGAGACUGGCCUUCAGGCUGUGAAAUUGGAUCUUUCCCCUCCUCUUCCUCCUCUUGCCCCUUUCUUGGUUAUUUCUUGUUUAGCUUCAAGUUUAUAUUGCCCCUCCUCUUCCUGUUUUAUCUUGAAAAAGAGCUGAAACAAAUCUUCCUUCCUUCCUUCCUUCCUUCCUUCCUUCCUUCCUUCCUUCCUUCCUUCCUUCCUUCCUUCCUUCCUUCCCCAUGCUGACUAGGAUGUAUGUGGUACCACCUGCCUGCUUUCUCCGGGCAGGUGGCUGUGCCUCAUAGCAGAGGCAGCUUUUUUUUUCUUAAGAGGAAAAAAGCUACGUUGUUCCAUCAGGCGUUGGGCUGGAGCAGAUUUUGAAGAUGCCAAAAAGUGAUGUGUUUGAGUUUGCUGAGGGGUUGGAGAUUUCCCUCUGCUCUGAUGCUGCCGCUGCUUCUUCGGAAGGCUCCCAACGCAGCACUUUCACACCGCCAUGGACGUGGCAAAGUCCCUCUCCUUUGCCCCCCUGCUCCGUCUUGCACCAAAGGGCUCCAGAGAGUUUCCAAUGCUGACUCUUGUGUGAAUUUUUCUCCUGCGGUGUUGAAAAGCUGCUUUCCUCCAGCCACUGGAAGUCCGAGCCUCGCCAGCUCCUCUUGACGACACCGGGUGGCAAAGCGCAUAGGACAUGUUGCACUUUAGUGUCAGGGUUUGUUCCCCUCCCCCCGUUUUCUGUGUCCUGUUCAAUGCCAUAUUGUUUCCCUGCCCCUGACUUGCUUGGGCUAGCAAGCACCUGUGUUUUCCUGCGCUGCUGCUAAGAGUUUAGUCUGUUUUCUUUCUGUGAAGGAUACUCAGCAGUUCCCCCUUUGGGCUGCUGCUCGAGGGCUCACUGAGGGAGGGGGGCGCUUGGCCAGAAACCCCAGGUUCUGCUGAACUCUUCACCCUGACAGCACCGGACGCAAUGCACGGGCCGGAAUUCCAGCGUCUGUCUUGCCUGCGUGCAAACCUCUCAAUCACAGAGGUUGCUCUGCAGAUCUUCUCUUCGUGCAUUGAGCCCAGUAGAGUGACCUGCUGAGUUUGGUCUCUUCCCCGUCCUCAUGGCCAUAUUUUAGCAAAGAAUUUUACUAUUACCGCUGUUGCUUCUGAGACUGGAAGGUCAACCUUAGGCUGCUAUUCUUAAAGGCAGGUGGCCAGGUAUUACAGAGCAUUGAUAUCUCAGAGGUGGCAGGGAUCCUUGGUGGAGUGAUUCUCAGCCGUUGGCUCUGUUGCGUUGGGCUGUUUCCUGGUGAAGAAGGCUGGAGUGGCCAGUUAGCACCGUGCUGGAAACAGGAAGGCUCCUCUGCCCCAGGCGGGAGUAGAGGUUAAGUGGCAUCAUCAGCCCUGUUUUUGCUCCUCUCACUGAUAGUCCUCAUGUCUGAGCCUGCCCACCCCACCUCCCCUCUCAACGUUCAGUGAUUUUUAUUGCCUGUUUUACCUGCAUGAUAAGGUAAUGUUGCCGCCAAAAAGUUAAACAUCUGGCCUUGCUUAGCCUCAGACUGAUGGAGUUGUCAGUUGGGAAAUUAGGCCAGAACAGCAUUCUUGCUCUUAAGGAGCAACUUUGAUUAUUGUUGCCCUGUUCUGCUCCAGAAGUAGAGAUAGCUUUCAUUUUCCUUUCUUUUUCUUUUUUUAUAUGAUCUAAAUACCUGCUGAUAAAUAUUCUGAUACACUCAUGAGACGUGAGGAGGUUCUCCUCCUGCUUUCUGUCUCCUGGGCAGAUAGCAAAGUUUGUCCCACUGGGGAGCAGCUGUGGUUGCAGCAGUGCCACGACGUGGGACUACAGGUGGUUUUAAGCAGCCCGUGUGCCUCCUCCUGUUAAUUGCAUGGCCAGCGCUAUUUGCCAGGGAGCCGGGGAAGCUGUUGGGAGCAGGGAUUCAACCUUCUCCUCCUGGGUACCUGUAUAGGGAAGUGGAGCAGAACACCUCCUCACCCACCGCUGGCAGGUCCUGAAAUAGCCUGAUCGGCAGCUUAUGGCCGGUGUAGGAUUUGGUAUCCCAGAAUACAUUCAGCUAUUUACACUUUUGUAGUUGCAGAGGGCAUGGAAUGGCCAGUUUGGAGUUUGGAGUAAAGGUUUGGCCUUUCAGUGUUUUGGACCACCGGGGCUUUAAUAAAUGGGGAGGUGCUGUGAAGCAUCACGCGGCUCCCGUCUCUGUCGAGCAGCCUCAGCCAACCCUGCACCUUUUGGUGGUUCUGGCCCAGCAUCUCCUAGGUCCCAACCAGCAUGCAAUCCCAGCCCCUCCAGUAAAAGCGAAAGCUCUCUGUGUGUCCCUCUGCGCUGGGGAUUGUUUGCUUGGUGGCAAGGUUGACUGGAUCUGUGCCCCCACCUGUUUUUGUGUUGCUUUUUUAAUGUUUUGCUUGAGGGUUUCUCAUGGCCAGGGCAAGGUCAGCUGGUGCCAGGCAAGUGUAACAGACUGGAUAGCCUUUGCUGAGAAAGCCUGUGGCAGAAGAAGCGUGUUAGCCUGCUGCUUUAUUUUUAUUUGAUUUUAUUUUUUCUGCCUCCCCCUUAAGCCUUUCCUGCCAGGAAAAAAAAAUGCGUAGGUUGCUUUUCCAAGCAUCUGGUGGACUGUGAUAGAUCUGUUGCCUUAUCUGGUUCUUGCACCUGUUUCAAUGUCAGUUCCAUCUCUCCGGGAGCUCCACCAACAUUGGAGUGUCUGACGUCUGCAUCCCCCAAGGCCUGAUAUUCUUGGAACAUCAUGCAGAUAGUUGAACUGGAGGGGGUCUAUACACAUGCUCUUUCCCCUCCCCAUAGAUGUCCCCCCCCCAUGUUGGUUGACCUGGUUGUAAGAUGCAGACCGAUGGGUUUAAGGGAACACUCCAUUCUCUGAGUUGGAAAAUCUUCAAAGGAGGACUGAAAUCCUUGUUUUAGUGCUGUUAGUGUGAGGUUUAAGAAGGGCCUUCCUGGAAAAGGAUCCUGCCUUAGCCCAUCAAUCACACCCAAACUGUUUUGAAACCUGGAAUUGGCACAACUGGGGUCUCUUUUCCAGUGAUUAGCUGGUUUGGUUUUUCCCAGUGGUGUCGAACCUGAGUCAGAGGGCAAGCAUUUUUAUUUGCUUUAAAAUGCACCUGGGUUUUCUCUCCCUGCACCACCCCUUUCCUUCCAAGCACACACUUUAAAAUAAAGUUCUGGCUGACUUUUUGUGUUUUUUAAAUAAAAAAAAAAAUCUAAUUGUUUUGUUACAAAUAAAAUAAGUGGCAAUAUUUUUUUCGGUAAUUUUUCAUAGGAAAAAGUGUGAUUUGUAAACAAAUUGUACAGUUCUGAAGUUUGGGAUACAUAAAAUAACUGUACUGAGUGGCACGCUGUAAAUGGGGUGGGGGGAGGGGAGAGAUUAUUUUCCGUACAGUGUAUUUGGGGAGAAAUCUUUUAAUUCGGGUUGAUUUAGGAAGAAAUAUAGUUCCCUGUCAGGGGGUUGAAUUUUUUUUUUUUCUUGUAUAGAAUGCUGCAUUUAACUAAAUAAAAGCUGAAAGCACCACUUGAUUGAGUUCAGUGUU